CUCUAGAACCGUGCCAAUGUCUGAUAAUUGCAUGAUCACUGAUCAGACACGCAUUGUAGUCCGGUGCCGAUGUAUGUAGGGGCUAGGUUUUGUUUGAAACCACGUGUCGUAACUGGCAAGACUGAGUGAGGAUGAUGACCAAUGUGGAACGAGCGGGCAAUGCUGAAUUGAAACGGAAAAAGCGACACUUCGCACUACACUCCUGCCUUUGAUUCGUCAACAACGGAAACAAUCGCUAAAGAUGGUUGGGAUUAUGGAGGGGAGGUUACUUCCAGUGCAUUUGUGUCGGAAGCAAAGGACCUUGGAUGAUAUACGCAAAGCGACGCAUUCUUGGCUUGACAAACUGACUGUCUCUCAUUAAUAUGAACAAUUGUGGAGCGGGCCGUUUUUUGAUUCAGUCACAAAUACUCUUGAAAGUCUAUUAGUGAGUGAGUCACGACCGAAAUAGGAUCAGUCUGAUCUAGCCAAUUCAACCAUGAGGUCGCUCCUGGUUAUUUCGAUUGCAGUGUUAGUCUUUGGGACUUGGACAUUGGCUGAGUCCGAAUCCAAAUCUCAAGAUGAGAAACUGGCUUAUCCAGACUUUCCCGAGGUGAAUGAGUUGGACGCCUUGGAGCUCAGUGCUGCCAUCCCAUUGGCCACCCCGGUGGUGCCUGUGGGACCCGCCACCCCCAUCCCACAUCAUGAGCAUUCCUCACCGACAGUGUCAGGUGAGACCAAAAUAGUACAUGUCUCGCCCGUUCAGACGCAUGACAAGUCCCGUCCCAAAUUCGAGUACAACUAUGGCGUCAGUGACCCGGUCACGGGUGACCAAAAGACGCACACAGAAAGCCGCGAUGGUGAUGUGGUUCGUGGUCAAUACUCUUUUGUGGACUCGGAUGGUAGUAUAAGGACGGUGACCUACACAGCUGAUAGUGAGCAUGGUUUUCAAGCUGUCGUGGAAACCAUUCCUGCGCAUGCGAAUAUCGUUCCCUUGGCUGAAUCUCCCCCUCCAUUUCCUCACACUGUUCCCCAUGUUGCAGACGUACAUCCAGUUACCCCAGUUCCUGCUGAACUCCAUUCCACUCCUUUAGCCCACCAUGCCAUCCAUGAGGUGGAGCAUCCAACCAUAGAAGGAUCAGAAACCACGCCAUUGGCUGUGGUUGGACCAGUGCCUUUAAAUUUGGAACACGGGUUUCCAAUUGUUGGACCAACGUCAUCCCCACAUCAAAUUGUGACCGUUACCCCUUUGCCGGCUCAUAUCCCAGAAAUCUUGGCGAACAUUCCCAAUCUAGAUCCACAUGCCUUGACCGAGGCUGAUAUUCUUUUGGCCAACCCCGAGACCCACACUCACCCUUUGGGAGCUCAUCCAUUGCUUGCCAUUCAUCCGGGUUUCGACCAACCCCAUUCGCACCCUCCGUAUUCCGACCAUCCAGUCUUGGAUAUCCACGGACAAUUACUUCACCCAGACGAGCAGUCUCAUCACCAUACGACUCCUAGUACUGUCCAUGUUGAACAUCAUGGGGAGCCUCACACCACACCAAAUCCCCACCAUGAAGCUCACCACCCUACUCAUCCAGUUCAACAUCAUGGCCCUGGCCAUACCACGCCCAUUCCCCACCACGAGCCCCAUCAUGGAAUAGCUCACCCAACACAUCAAGGGCAUCAUGAUGACCAUCAUGUUAGUACUACUCCAUCACCCCAUCAUCCUCAUCCCGAACCUGAUUAUGCAGAGCCUCAUCCUCACCAUUCUCUGGAUCCCGACUAUGGCCCAUCUCUUCAAAUUCAUGAUCAUUACGAGCAUCCCGAGGAAAAACAUCACCAUGAUCAUUUUCACCCUUCACCUCCUCAUCCCGUUCAUGAUCAUCCACAUCAUGCUGAUCCACACCAUCCACAUCAUGCUGAUCCACACCAUCCACAUCAUCCUGCUCCACAUCAUCCUGAUCCGUAUCAUUCUGAUCUGCAUCAUCCGGAUCCACAUCAUACUGAUCCACAUCAUACUGAUCUACAUCAUGCUGAUUCACACCAUCCACAUCAUCCUGAUCCACAUCAUCCACAUCAUCCUGAUCCACAUCAUCCUGAUCCACAUCAUCCUGAUCCAUAUCAUCCUGAUCCAUAUCAUCCUGAUCCACAUCAUGCUGAUCCACACCAUCCACAUCAUCCACGUCAUCCUGAUCCACAUCAACCAAUUCACGAUCAUCAACACAUUCAUCCCCAUGAAGAUCCGCAUUUGCAUCAUAAUCUGCACAACCCUUACGAUCCGCAUUCCCCAACUCAUCGUCCCCAUGAAGCCCAUCACGCUGAUCCCCAUCAUAGAGUCCCCCAUGACCAUCACGCUCACCCGCAUGAUCCUCACCACCUUCCCAAUAUCCACCAUGAGCCUUUAGUUCCAACGCCUCAUCCAACUCCUACCCCUCACGCUCAUGUUUUGUCCCAUUCAACGGCUGGCCCGUUUCAUCAUGUCGAGGAUCAUGUGACUUUGGUACCUUCACACCAUGUACACACCAUGCCUAAUCGACCUAAAGCUCAUGGUCUUCUUCCAAAAUCUCACCUAAAGUACCCACAUCAUCCUCUUUAUGAAUCAUUGCAUCAUCCUCAUGGUCAGCCAACACCAGCGCCUCAUGGGCACCACCCUCAACCAAGCCCCUAUCCCGGUUAUAAACCGACUCCUUACCAUCCUUCACCUUCGCCGACGCCUUAUCCUCAUCACCCGUCUCCUUACCAACCGCUGCAUCAUCCCUCACCCACCCCCUACGCUCAUCACUCGCCGUCAGCGGUUCCCCAUGGUCCCAGCCUUGGUGUCCCGCCCCCACUACCUCACCAUCCCCCAUCGGCCAUCAUUCCCGCUCACAAGCAUAAGCCCCAUCAUCUUAGUCAUAUCGCUCUGGCUCCUCCUCGACACUUUGAGGAGCCCUAUGCGGAUGUCAGAAGCCUGAGGCCCUUGCCUCAAAGCCCAUACAACCCACAUUAUGCACCCUAUGCUACUCCAACACCUCAUCCGUAUCGAGGAUAAUUUUGUUCCUGCUGAGUUUAUUCAAAAACUUGUUGGCAUGUUACUCGCACCGUCCCAAGUACACAAGCACCUUUUUGUUGUUGGUCAAGUUUCCGUUCAGUGAGCACCUAUUUAUCACCCCCCAAAACCAUCGAUUUACAAAAUAAAUUGUCCAUAUGUCAA